CUACCAUUUAUGUAACGGUGGUGAGUUCAAAGCUCUCAUGUCUCCAUGGGUAACUGUAAAAUAUGACAACACCAUGGCAUACAUACCCUUGUUCGUUAACAAUACCUUUAUUAAUUCACACUGCAACUGCACUCUUCCUUUCAGUUCAAAACUAACGGAAACGUCUUUCUUAAAAGCUGUGCGCUGAGGAGUCAUUGUUGUUGAACGGAGAAGAUGUUGUGCGCUUGUUCCGGGGACCAAUUCAAAUUCGAAGACCCGCCGCAGUCGCCGGAGUCCCUCGCCGCCAGGGAUUUCCUCGCCGGUGGCCUCUCUUCCAGAAACGAGGAAUGGGAUCCUAAAUUCGAUGAAACUCAAGUACAAGAAGCUGAAUCCACUCUCAAAGAAGCUCUUUCCUUAAACUAUGAGGAGGCUAGGGCUUUGUUGGGCAGGCUUGAAUUCCAGAGAGGGAACUAUGAAGCUGCACUUCAAGUGUUUCAAGGUAUAGACAUCAAGGGUUUAACCCCGAGAAUGGUCAAGGCUAUUGCUGAAAGAACAAAGCAAAGGAAACCGCGUUCCAAGGCAGAUAUCGUGGUUUUGAAUGUGAUGUCAUUGCAUUCGGUUAGCCUGCUUCUUGAGGCAAUUUUACUCAAAGCAAGAUCAUUGGAGGAACUUGGGCAAUGCAUUGUGGCUGCAAAAGAGUGCAGAAUAAUUCUAGAUACAGUUGAAUCUGCCCUUCCUGAUGGAAUGCCUGAGGGUAUUGGUGAAGAUUGUAAGUUGCAAGAGAUGUUUCAUAAGGCAUUGGAGUUGCUUACAAGCCUUUGGAUCAAGGCAGGGUUUCUGGAUGAAGCUGUCAUUGCAUAUCGUCGUGCUCUGGUAAAGCCAUGGAAUUUGGAGCCACGUAGGUUGGCUAUUGUACAAAAAGAUUUAGCUACAAUACUGCUAUAUGGUGGUGUUGAAGUAAGCCUACCCUCUCAGUUGCAGGUGUGCGGUAAGACAACACCCAAGAGUAGUGUUGAAGAAGCAAUACUUUUGCUUUUAAUACUCAUGAGCAAGAUGACAAUUCGGGAAAUAGACUGGGAUGCUGAAAUAAUGGAUCAUCUUGCUUUUGCACUUUCAGUCACUGGGAUGUUUGAGUUAUUGGCAGAUCAUGUAGAGCAGAUCCUUCCAGGUAUCUAUAGUCGAGUUGAGAAGUGGUACUUUCUUGCUCUGUGUUAUAGUGCUGCAGGACAUAAUGAGGUAGCAUUGAGCCUUUUAAGAAAGGCUUGUGGCAGCUCUGAGGCAAAGCAUAGAUCCCAUCUUCCUUCAUUUUUGUUUGGAGCAAAACUCUGUUCCCAAGAUCCUCGCCAUGCUCAUGAAGGCAUUAACUUUUCACGUGAAGUUAUUGAUCUAGCUAAGCACCAAAAUAAGCAUUUUUUGGGUCAAGGCCACAAAUUUCUUGGCAUCUGCUAUGGGGCUGCUGCUAUAAUUUCUGUACUGGAUUCUGAGAGAAGUAGAUUUCAAAGAGAGUCUUUGGACUCUCUAAACUGUGCUGCUGAAAAUGGAAAUGAUGACCUGGAAGUGAUAUUCAGCCUUGGACUAGAAAAUGCAAUUCAAAGGAAUCUGGAUGCAGCUUACAACAACAUAAUGAUGCACUCAUAUAUGACUGGUGGCAGUACAAGAGGUUGGCAGCUGUUAGCACUCAUAGUAUCUGCACAGCAGCGAUUUAAGGAUGCUGAAACUAUAGUUGAUUUUGCUUUAGAUGAGGCUGCGGGGAUAGAUCAACUUGAACUUCUAAGAUUGAAAGCAGUACUUCAAAUUGCUCAGCAGCAACCCAAGCAAGCAGUAGAGACAUAUAGGAUCUUGCUAACACUAAUUCAAGCAAAAAAAGAGCUUUGGCUUCAAGAUUGCAACAACAUCGAUCAGCAACAAGCAUUCAAACAUGAGGCAUUAACAGAAAGGAAGUUGGAAAUGGAAUCUUGGCAGGAUUUGGCGACCAUUUAUACGGAUGUUGGUUCCUUGCUUGAUGCAAAAGCUUGUGUGGACAAGGCACAGUUGAUAGAAUUUUUUUCUCCAAAAAGUUGGCAUAUUACAGGGAUGUUACUUGAAGCUCAAUCAUUAUACAAAGAAGCAUUGGUUUCCUUUUCAAUAUCAUUGUCAAUAGAACCAGAUCACAUUCCCAGUAUCAUUUCAACUGCUGAAUUGUUGAUGAAAUUUGGUAUGCAAUCACUUUCAAUUGCAAAGAAUUUUUUAAUGAAUGCUUUGAGAUUAGAACCUACAAACCAUGAUGCUUGGUUCAACCUUGGAUUGGUUUCAAAAAAGGAAGGUUCGUUACAGCAAGCCGCAGAGUUCUUUCAAGCUGCUUAUGAACUGAAGCUUUCUGCUCCAGUGCAAAAAUUUAAGUAAUUGAGACUUUGGGAAAACACCCCUACUGUUUUUUGUCGAGGGAAAGCGAGCUUGACCCUGGGCAUGAUAGAAAAUAUGCAAGCAGGAACUAAAUGAUUAAAUUACUCAUUCCAUGAUUACCAUUGCUUUAUUGUAGAUUUUUCCAUAUGUAUAGCUAAAUAUAGCUAAUUUUCUAUAAAUUUUCUA